AUCUUCCCUUGUGGGUUGUCGUGCAGUCCAGUGGAUAGAUGGUAUCUUUGGUCACGCUUUUGUUUGGCGUCCCAUAAAUGUGCAACUUGUGUGACGACCAGUCCAAUGCGUCUGAACACAGCGCUGAGAGAAAUGUUGGUAGAGAGGGUCAGUUACUUUAAUCAGCUGCUUAAAUCUGACAUUUGUUACUGUGCUUUCUGGCGUCAUGUCUUCCUGCCUUUGUGGAAACAUGCUUCUGACGCAGGCUGAUUGUUUGUUGGAUGUUAAGUGAAGUAGCUCUACAGUACAAAGAGUUUAACAAGAUGUUUUUUCUAAUUGGAUCAGUGAGUGACCUGAUAACAGUAACUACUGCUGAGUGUCAAGACCCAGCAAUAUAGCUAAUGCACUUUAGCUUACUACUUUGUAAAUGGCACAUGGACUGGUUCUGAUAUAGUGCUUUCCCACUCUGAGCACUCGAAGCACUUUACACAACUUCUUUCUGUGCUCUCUAUCUUUCUAUCUAACGUUCACACAUUCCUGCUCUGAUGGAUGCAUCGGAGAGCACCUGGGGGUUAGAAUCUUGCCCAAGGAAAUUUGGCAGACUGGAGCAGACAGCGGUUGAACCACCAGCCUUCCAGUUCCCUGUGGAAACUCCCUCCCUCAGCAAUGGCCUCACCUGUUUCAGUGUACAACAUCUUAGAGUCACACACGCCCCCUACCCCCAAAGAGUCUCUGAAGAUGGAAUUGUUAUCUGACGUGUCCCUGCUGCCUGGAGAGGAAAGGAUUACUGAUAAAGACAUAAUCUACAUCUGUCCAUUCAGUGGAGCCGUGAAAGGCAAAGUGUUGAUCACCAACUACAGACUUUACUUCAGGAGCUCAGAUGCUGAUGUGACGGUGACGCUGGACGUUCCAUUGGGUGCCAUCAGUCGAGUGGAGAAGAUGGGUGGGGCGUCAAGCAGAGGAGAAAACUCCUAUGGCCUGGAUAUUACUUGCAAGGACAUGAGGAAUUUGAGGUUUGCCCUGAAGCAGGAAGGCCACAGCAGAAGAGAUAUUUUUGAGGUUCUUUUCAGAUAUGCCUUUCCUCUGUCACACGGUCUGCCUCUUUUUGCGUAUUUGGGUCAAGAGAAGUAUGCUGAGAAUGGCUGGACCAUCUACAAACCCAUAGAGGAGUUCAGACGGCAGGGUUUACCUAAUAACAAGUGGCGUAUAUCGUUCAUCAAUAAGAGCUAUGAUCUGUGUGACACCUACCCCACUGUGCUGGCUGUACCCUACAAAAGUAAAGAGGAGGACCUCCGAAAAGUGGCAGCCUUCCGGUCAAGAGCACGAAUACCGGUUCUGUCAUGGAUCCACAGAGAGAACCAAGCGGUGAUCGUCCGUUGCAGUCAGCCUCUCGUUGGCAUGUCUGGUAAAAGGAACAAGGACGAUGAACGCUACCUGGACCUGAUUAGGGAGGCAAAUGAUACCACCAAGCUCACCAUAUAUGAUGCUCGUCCCAAUGUCAACGCAGUUGCCAACAAGGCCACCGGAGGAGGCUAUGAGGGUGAUGAGUACCAAAAUGCAGAGCUCAUCUUCUUGGACAUUCAGAAUAUCCACGUCAUGAGGGAAUCCCAGAAGAAACUCAAAGAUAUCGUCUACCCCAAUGUGGAGGAAUCCCACUGGUUGUCCAGCCUAGAGUCUACACACUGGUUGGAACAUGUCAAGCUGGUGUUGUCAGGAGCCAUCCAAGUUGCAGACAAAGUCUCCAGUGGGAACUCAGUAGUGGUUCACUGUAGUGACGGCUGGGACCGAACUGCACAGCUCACCUCUCUGGCUAUGCUGAUGCUGGACAGCCACUAUCGCACUCUCAGAGGAUUCCAGGUUUUGAUUGAAAAGGAAUGGAUCAGCUUUGGCCACAAAUUUGCCUCAAGGAUAGGACAUGGUGACAAAAACCAUGCCGAUCAGGACAGAUCACCCAUCUUUGUUCAGUUCAUCGACUGUGUGUGGCAGAUGACCAAACAGUUUCCUACGGCCUUCGAGUUUAAUGAGCAUCUCCUGCUGACGAUCCUGGAUCACCUCUACAGCUGUCGCUUUGGGACCUUCCUGUACAACUGCGAGAGCGUACGAGACCAGCAUGAGGUGAGGUCCAAGACUGUGUCUCUGUGGUCUCUGGUCAACAGCAAGGUGGAUAUGUAUUUAAACCCCUUCUACACCCCAGAAUCUGGCAGGGUUCUCUACCCUGUUGCCAGCAUGCGCCACCUAGAGCUCUGGGUAGCAUACUACAUCCGCUGGAACCCACGCAUACGACAGCAGCAGCAGAGUCCAGUGGAGCAGCGCUACAAGGAGCUGCUGGCCCUCAGAGACGAAUACUUGAAGAAGCUGGAGCAGCUGCAGCUGUCCGACUCGUCCACGUCCUCUCACCUGGCUAACAGCCCCACCCCCAACACCACCUCCUCCUCCACCUCCACCCCAUCACAGCAAUAUACACACCUACAGACUCCUCUCUGAGGGCUGGUGACGCACUCGCGCAUACACAGAUAUCGGAAAUACUUGCUAACUUGCACUUACGCCUUCUUCAGUUUGAUUUGUGUCUUGCACAUGCAGGGAAUUAAUUAGUUUUGUGCAGCCCUAACUGUUGAACAACAGAAAAUUGCGAAUAGGUUUUAGGUUUGAUGGCUCUAGUGUUGUCUAACUCUAAUACCACGUGAUGGUGAUUUAUGCAAUAUGUCACAGUACAGCCUUGUCUCAAGACUUUUCUAAACACACUUUUCAGACAGUGAAGCCUUAAACACACUGAGCAGCUUUCAGUCCAAGGGCUUGAACACACACACACGCAGGACACACACCGUUGUGUUCAUUCAGGCAGAUGAGCAGAGCUGAAGUUCAGUUUUAUCCUGUCGUGAUUACACAUUAGUUGUAGUUUAAGCAUCUGUUCGUUCUUCAUCUUGUAACCAUAAACUGACAAGAAAUUUUACCUCAGGUCUUCUUAGGAGAGUUCAAUGAGCUCCAUCCACCCCCAGUUUACAGAGGUCGGCAUGCAGGGCAAAUUAUUUGGUUAAAUGAGUCAAAGUAAAGACAGGUUACAGGUUGCAGGCGUAGCCAAAGACUAAGCUGUCACGAGUCAAGGUCGGUUGAGCAAAAUCAGGAGACUUCCUGUUUGUUCGAUUCUGAUUUAGCGCCAGAAAUAAAGUGAUGUUCAUUUCACAGUGAGAUGUGAGAAAGCUGCUGUCAGCUGGCUCCUGCCUGCGUCACAGCCGUUUGUGUCCUGUACCAACAAACAACAAAUGUUACAAUUCUCACUUUUUACACUUCCUGCUGCUGAGUGCUCUAUCCUAAAGGCGUACGGUGAUCCGAAGUGCAGCAGACGUAGAGUUCUCAAGUGGACGACAGUUUAGUUUCCAGCUACAUGUAAAUAUUGCGUCUUGUUUUGGGGAAUUUGGGGUUUUUUAAUAGCUAAGGAGGAAAUCUGGAGCCACGUAUGUUUGCCACUGCUAUAUGCUAAGCUACAUCACUGAAAGCAAAUGUAGUUCUAGCCAAUGAGUUUGGUUGGAAUUAAUUAGCAUUCAACACGAAUGAAUGCAACUUUGAUACAGUUCAGGAUAUAUUUCAGGUGCUCGAGAGAGUAAAGGAAAAUCAGGUGGUGCUGGCCUCUGAUGCCGGGUCACUUCCUGUAUUGAAACGUUUUCACUAAACACACACAGAGAUAAGUCCUGGCUCAUCAUGGUGUCAGCGUGCUAAGAUGCUGGUCACCAGCUCGAGAGCAGGGUGAGUGAGCACUGAGUAAAACCUCCUCUGAAAGCACCUGUGCCUUUGGACGGCUGUUUCACGGUUUUCAAAAGUAAUUCUUUUUUCUGGUUUCUUUUCUUUUUUUCAUCAAAGACCAAACCAAUCUAAUUAAAAGAAGUAUGAUUGAUUUGAUUUGAUAUACCUUUAUUAGUCCCACAAGGGGAAAUUUCAUGUUUGCAAGUUAAAGGAAAUAAUUAAUAUGUAAUAUUUAAAAAAAGGUUACUUUGCUGAUCAUGAUCGUUUUUCGUUGUUUCAGGUGGGCUUAAAAUCUCUACCUGGAUUAUGAAAACUGUCCAAAAAGUAUGUUUAGCUGCUGUCCGGGUCAAACUCGGACAUCACAUGGGAAUAAAAAAGGAAUGUUGGCAAUGGACAAUAGUUUUUCUUAUUCGCACCAACUGAUUAUGACUAUUUGAUAUGAUGUCGUCAUCAGCAGUUAACACAGACUGUGAUAAAUGGUAGUUUGGUACAAUCACAGUGACUCCUACACUUUAUUCCAACCACGGUGACGCGUCGACUCUGGAGCGCUGUCAUUCUUGUUGCCAGGACAACGUCACACGUCAAUCACGGUUGUGUUACUUUGGCGGUGCCAGUUGUUUGGUUUAAAACCAGUCACUCCACUCAGUACUGGAUGCAGUUCCAGAUCUCAUCCUGGCAGUGUUGCACUGUGGGAAGGGAAACUGAUGGAAGUCUUUGAAAGUGAUGCAGGAAACAGAAGUCUAGAUGAUGCCUCGGGACGACGACCAUAGCAACAUAUUCCUAUAAGUUCUUUCCUACAAGAACAGUUACAUUUAACAAUCACAUAAAUGUAAAUGUUACUGUUAUCAGGAUUCUCACUACAAUGCUCAUCCAUUAGCUUAAUGAAAUUAUGGAUUCAUGAAAAAGUUCCAAUAAUUUGACCCACUGACUCUGUUUUAAGGAAUUCUUCUUUUCUUACACAUCACACAGACCCACAAACCCUGCGUACCCUGAUUAUGUUCUCCCUUUUUGUUUCUUUACACGCUAAAGUAGAUUGGGCUGAAGACAUCAGACAUUCUGCAGGUUUAUAUUAUGAUCGUAAUUUUUAACGCGUCAAUUCAUGUCCAGAUUUCUGCCUUGAAUCACCUUCACCUCUACAGAGUGACUUUAGCUGCCCUGUAUCUUAUUGCUUUUAGAGGCAAACAGGCUCUCUGCUAGUUAACCCUAACCCUUCCUCGACUGACCAAGUUAACUUCCCUCAUGCUUUACGACUCAUGUUGCAGCGUGUAAAUUGUUUCCUUGUUUGAUUUUAAGGACCCUUUCAGGCAUGUUUGGUAAACGGUAAAUGGGCCGGUGCUUAUAUAGCACUGUUUUACUCUACCUGAGCUUUAUACAACAUGUUUAUCCCAGUUUACUGCAAAACGGGCUGAUCAUCAGUCCAACAAAGACUCACCCAGUUUUAUUCCAAAUUCUAAAGUCUGCAAACCUCACAGACUCUCUUUAUGUUCAGCUAACCCUGCUGCUUUGUGCUUUGAUUUUAUAGCCAACCCUUAGCUUGUCACUCUAGUGCAAAACACUUUCCUGCAUCAGCUUUAUUUAGCCCCUCUGUUUCCCCAGUGUGUCCAAAAUAUGGCAAAAAAAUCAGAGUUACUGAAAGUACCUGGAGCGAAUCAGUGACCAUACCUGUAAAGUGUCCUGAUGUGUCAACUCCAGCCUGUAAAUGCACGUUCUGUAACAGCUGUAGGACACAGCGAGUUCUCAGAUGAGUUUCCUGUAAUAAGCUUGGAGAACUUGUCUUGUGGUUGUACUGUUUAUGUUUUGCUCAAGUUCACAUCAACCAAGGUGUCGUCAGCGACCUGUCAGCCUCACUAAAAGUAGCUCUAACAUAAGAAGGGAGAACAUACAGCAACUGUCAGGAUAAAAGAGAAUAAACUACCUGCAUGUGUGUCAAAUUCCAAAGUUGAAGCUUUUCUGGAACAUUGAUGCAGAGUGAGGCAGUGCAAGCUGAUCGCUGUGUGCAAAGAGAGGUGCAGUGUGAACCGAAGUAUUUGGUCUGACCACAGAGGUUUGACGUUCACACAGCAAAGAGAGACAAAAGUGUGUGUGUUGGGCUCUUGGUUGUAUUUUGGGAAAAACAAAUGAGAAUCUAUUUUUUUUUUUUAACUUUGUAUAAGCACCAUGAUGUAAUGUAAUUACCUCAAUCAAAACCUAUUUUACUGUCUAAAGUUCUAUUGUUGUAAAAUACAAAUAUUUUAUGUAGUGUAAAACCUUACAGUUUUAUAAAAAGGAAAGUAAUAUUGGUUCAGAAAUUGUUGGUAUAAAUUUUGGAUUUCUGCUCCAUCGGUUCAAAGUGUUUGAUUUUAUCUCUGAGGGCAUUUUUUGCUUUGUACGUGCUAACCCAGGAGGAGAAGAGGCUUCUGUUUCAGCCCGUCAGCUCUGUGUGGAUCUGUGAGAAGUCCUCUGCCAUUGUUCAUUUCAGUUAGACGCUUUCAUUUAUGUAGGGGAUUGUAGUUUGAGGGGCUUGUGUCAUAUUUAGCCGGCUUUGUAAUGAAUACACACAAAAUGUGUUUCAGGAUCUUUUUGUACUAAACAAAAAGAUGAAAUCUGAAAACAUUUCACAUGUUUCUUUUAAUUGGUUUGUUGAAAGGCUCAUUUUCUGUAAAUACUGAUUAAAUUAAUUUAAAGUGUU